AUGCGUCAUUACAGAUCUGCUUCGGUCAAGAUCCUUGGCAAAGGUCAGAGAGAUUUGUUAGCGUUCUUGCUUGAUCAGAUACAGUUGCGAGAGACUGAUACUGGCAUGUACGCCUCGCUCAUCGAAAAGGCAGCGCGACCUGGUAGUUGUGCUAAGCUCUCGGUUAUAGUAAACACAGUGGGGGGAAAGUGUGAUCCACGAAGUUUAGCUCGCUGUUGUACCGAGUUUGCCGCCAAAGGCAAUGCAACGGCGCCAAGACAAGUUUUGCCUGUCAUCCUCAAAUAUUUACCUGAAUAUGUUAAGACUACGGGGCGAUUCCAAAAUCUACAGCAUAUGUCAAUUGGCGAUGCGGUGACGAGGUUGCUCAGUGGGACAAUGAGAAAGUCGAAGGAGGAGGAGGGGCGCAGUCUCAGGGCUACGUUUCAGCUAGCUGCCUACAGAGGAAAUAUCGACGUACUGUCAGGACAGUUGAAGAUGGGAAUGGACAUCAACAACAUGAAUGGACUUUACGGAACUGCGUUACUUUCCCUUGUAUCUGAUCCUACCACGGCAAAUCCGUUGCAUUUUGCUGCCGCUGAGAUGCAGGUUGAAACAGUGCAAGUGUUAAUUAAAGCCGGAGCAGAUGUUACAGCGAAGAGCUCGUCGUUGAAUUCUUUCUUUCGUCAGGAAACAAUAUCUUUCCAAGAAGAAGAGGCGGAGGACUUGGAGGACUUCGGGCAUUCAAGCAGGGCACCAUGGGUACCGGAUCGUUCUAUAAACUGCGACAACACAUUUGAGAAUACAACUGCCUUAUACACACCGCAAGACGCAAUACAACGGACGGAGAGCAAUUACAAAGAGACAGAUGUCGACAUGUCUUUCAUGCCGUUCGAGGAGUAUCUAACGAUGGACGAAACCCAUCAGACGAGCAACGAGAUCACUCCGUCCAGCUACAAUGGGAAACUACAAAACAACCCUUUCCCUAAUCUAAGCCCUAACCUAUUCACGAUCCCUUAG